UGCCAGGCUUCUCAGCUUGGGAGACAGAUGGGGGGCGGGGCCCAUCCGAGAGGGGAGGUGGAGGCCGGGGACAGAAGAGGAGAGGGGGGUGAGAACUAAGAGAAUCUGAAUCGCUGGGCUGGGGGUGGGGGUACCAGAGGAAGGACUGAGAAGACUGGGCGCCCGAGGGAAGGGGGGGUGGUGGAGCUCUGCACCAAUCAGUGGCGCCGGCCUGGGAGGUUGCUAGCGGUAUCCACGUAAAUCAAAGGGCGCAGAGCCAAUGGGAGGGGGUGGAGGGGGCGGGGCCCAGGCGCGUGCCGCUGCGAGCGGGCUCUGCCAAGAGAGCGGGAGAGAGCUUGAGAGCGCGGGGAGAGGGGGGGAGCGCCCAGCGAGUCAGAGAGUGAGCGAGAGAGAGAGAGAGAGAGGAGGGAGAGGAGGAGAAAGAGCGAGGGCGGGCGGGAGGCAGCCCGGCAGCAGCAGUAAUAGCAGGAGCAGCAAGCAACAGAAGGCGUCGGAGCGGGCGUCGGAGCUGCCCGCUAGGGGAAAGAGAAAGAGAGAGGGAGAGAAGCGGGGCGAGCAAGGAGAGAGAGCCCCAGGCAGAAAAGUAACUGUCAAAUGCGCGGCUCCUUUAACCAGAGCGCCCAGUCCGGCUCCGAGAGUCAUGGCGACCGCAGCGUCUAACCACUACAGCCUGCUCACCUCCAGCGCCUCCAUCGUGCACGCCGAGCCGCCCGGCGGCAUGCAGCAGGGCGCAGGGGGCUAUCGCGAGGCGCAGAGCCUGGUGCAGGGAGACUACGGCGCUCUGCAGAGCAACGGGCACCCGCUCAGCCACGCUCACCAGUGGAUCACCGCGCUGUCCCACGGCGGCGGGGGCGGCGGCGGCGGCGGUGGAGGAGGCGGGGGAGGCGGCGGGGGAGGCGGCGACGGCUCCCCGUGGUCCACCAGCCCCCUAGGCCAGCCGGACAUCAAGCCCUCGGUGGUGGUACAGCAGGGUGGCCGAGGCGAUGAGCUGCACGGGCCAGGAGCGCUACAGCAGCAGCACCAACAGCAGCAGCAACAACAGCAACAGCAGCAGCAGCAGCAACAGCAGCAGCAGCAGCAACAACAACAGCGACCGCCACAUCUGGUGCACCACGCUGCCAACCACCACCCCGGGCCCGGGGCAUGGCGGAGUGCGGCGACUGCAGCUCACCUCCCUCCCUCCAUGGGAGCGUCCAACGGCGGUUUGCUCUACUCUCAGCCCAGCUUCACGGUGAACGGCAUGCUGGGCGCAGGAGGGCAGCCGGCUGGGCUGCACCACCACGGCCUGCGGGACGCCCACGACGAGCCGCAUCAUGCAGACCACCACCCGCAUCCUCACUCUCACCCUCACCAGCAACCGCCCCCGCCACCUCCCCCUCAAGGCCCACCGGGCCACCCAGGCGCACACCACGACCCGCACUCGGAUGAGGACACGCCGACCUCAGACGACCUGGAGCAGUUCGCCAAGCAGUUCAAGCAGAGGCGGAUCAAACUAGGAUUUACUCAAGCAGACGUGGGGCUGGCGCUGGGCACCCUGUAUGGCAACGUGUUCUCGCAGACCACCAUCUGCAGGUUUGAGGCCCUGCAACUGAGCUUCAAGAACAUGUGCAAGCUGAAGCCUUUGUUGAACAAGUGGUUGGAAGAGGCAGACUCGUCCUCGGGCAGCCCCACCAGCAUAGACAAGAUCGCAGCGCAAGGGCGCAAGCGGAAAAAGCGGACCUCCAUCGAGGUGAGCGUCAAGGGGGCUCUGGAGAGCCAUUUCCUCAAAUGCCCCAAGCCCUCGGCCCAGGAGAUCACCUCCCUCGCGGACAGCUUACAGCUGGAGAAGGAGGUGGUGAGAGUUUGGUUUUGUAACAGGAGACAGAAAGAGAAAAGGAUGACCCCUCCCGGAGGGACUCUGCCGGGCGCCGAGGAUGUGUACGGGGGGAGUAGGGACACGCCACCACACCAUGGGGUGCAGACGCCCGUUCAGUGAACUCAAGAGGGGGAGGGGCAGAGCGUGGGGCUCCCCCUCCCCUUUGGUCCAUGGUCCUUCACGGGACCUCUGUUCCCCCUCUAACUUCUGAUUGUUUUUUUAUUAUUAUUUUUAAUUAUUAUUUUCCCGGUCUUUUAAAAAUGAAAAAAAAUAGUGAAAAUAAGAGAAAAGGAAAAGAACGAAGACACUGGACUAUCCUAAAACAGAUAGCAGGUGUAAUGAUGGGUUUUGACCUUUGCAAACGAGUACCCGGAAAGUGAAAUAGAAUGUCUCUUAGUGAAGAGGAGUGGGGUGUGUGUGUGUGUGUGUGUGUGUGUGUGUGUGU